UACGAGAAUCUCAGGCCAGACAGCGGCAAGGGGCAACUUAAUUAAGCUGCCUUCUCCCGCUCGCUUGAGCAAGUAAACUCUUGUGCUCUGGGGAUUGUUUUACAAGUAAAGGUUUGUUGCGUAGGUUUUAGCGAAGCCAAUAGAGUUCGUCAACAUUAAAAAGGUUUAAUAAAGAUUUAUUUUAGUGCGAGAAACAUUAAGAUCCUUAAGACAAUACUGCUGCGUAAUGUAACGAAAGUCUAAUACUCCGGAACAAAAGAGCAAACUUUUUAUAAAGCUGUUUUGAAUCAUCAUUCAUCUGCUCGAAACAAAUUUAGUUGAAGUACAAAGAUGGCGGAAAGUUGUGACAAUGACGAGGAAGUUCAUUUUCUACGAACUGAUGAUGCGAUAUAUCUUCAAUGUGUUCGUCAGAAGGAUCAAGGCAAAGUUUGUCUUGCAGCAGAAGGAUUUGGAAACAGAUUAUGUUACGUGGAACCAUCUCAGGAUACCGUGGAUGCUGAACCAACAGAUGCGCCUCGUUGUGUGUUUGUUUUAUCUCAAGCAUUGUCAGUGAGAGCAUUACAGGAACUGUUAGCAAGUGAAGAGGUUGGUAUUGACAUGGACGAUGACAGAGAAAUAAGACCCGAUUUAAUGAGCACCGAGUCCCAGGCGGAAGGCGGGGCAACUCACAGCAGAACGUUGUUGUAUGGAAAUGCCAUUCAGUUAAAGCAUGAACUUAGCGGAAUGUUUCUCACUUGUCUGACAACGGCGAGCUCUGCAAAUGAUCAAUUGGCGUUUGACGUUGGAUUGGGGGAAGAGGAAACAGGUGAGACAUCAUGGUGGACAGUUCAUCCAACUUCAAAACAAAGAUCGGAAGGGGAGAAAGUGAGAAUCGGAGAUGAUUUGAUUCUAAUCAGCAUUUCUUCUGAGCGAUACUUGCAUCUUUCAUGUGGUGAUGGGGAUGAUAGCAGUGUUCAGGCUUCAUUUCAACAAAGCAUGUGGACUGUUGGACCUGUGGCAAGUGGUGGAUCCAAAGCUCAAGGUUACCUUACUGGUGGAGAUGCAAUUCGACUGUUCCAUGGUCAUAUGGAUGAUUGCUUAACCAUGCAUACAAUGGAUGAAAACAAAUCACAUUCCAGAUCAAUCAUUUAUGAAUCUGGAUCAGCCGGAAGCCAUGCAAGGUCGCUAUGGCGGUUAGAACUAAUGCAAAUUAAGUGGUUCGGAUCACAUGUCUCCUGGGGGUGCCCGUUUCGUUUACGUCACAUCACUUCAGGUUUGUACUUGUGUAUGUUGGACGACCGAAGCUUAAUGUUGAUGGGACCUGAAAACGCAAGUUAUAGAAUGUCUGCGUUUUGCUGGCAAUCAUCAAAGGACAAAGCUGAACCUUUAACUGAACAUGAGAUUGAUGGUAUGGGUGUGCCAGUAAUCAAGUAUGGUGAUUCAGUGUGUUAUCUUCAACAUGUGGAAACAGGUUUAUGGGUUAGUUAUCAGGUAGUUGACACGAAAUCUGUAAGAGUUGGUCCAAAACAAAGAAAGGCUGUAUUGCAUCAUGAAGGCCAUAUGGAUGAUGGACUUGCAUUAUCUCGUGCUCAAUCAGGAGAGUCACGCACCGCAACCAUCAUACGAAGAACUGCACAAAUCUUUCUGAGCUUUAUCAGUGCUUUGGAUUCCCAUCAACCUAAAAAGUUGGGUAGGAGACCAGAUCAUCCAAAUGUAGCGGAGAUGGAACAAUGUGUGAAUGAUCUUAUUGAUUAUUUUAUUGAACAAGAAGAUAAAGCUGAUGAUGGGAGCACUGAUGAGCAUGAAGUUAGACAAAUAAGGAAACAGGAAUUAAAAAACAGGCAAGACUUGUUUCAAGAGGAAGGAGCCAUAUCUCGUAUAUUACAAUGCAUUGAUAAGUUAGGAGCUUAUGGGGAUACUGGGAACUUUGCCCAAAUUGUCGGUUCUGAAGCUGCUGCUUCUUACGAGUUUUUACUCAACUCAAUGUAUGUUCUACUUGCUGCCACUGUACGGGGAAACCGAGACAAUUGUGCAAAGUUUGCGCGUCAUCUUGACUGGCUUAUCAGUCAGUUUGACGGACAGCAGGCGUCAAUGGGUAUCCUUGAAGUUCUCAGUGCAGUAUUAAGUGACAGCCAGGAAGCAUUAAAUAUGAUAAAACCUGAUCAUAUUAAGUCCAUUAUAUCGUUACUUGAAAAACAUGGAAGAAAUGCAAAGGUUUUAGAAGUUUUGUGUUCCCUUUGUGUAUGCAAUGGAGUUGCAGUUCGUUCAAAUCAAAAUUUGAUUUGCGAGACAUUGUUGCCAGGAAGAGACUUACUUCUACAAACAACUGUUUUGGGAUAUAUUACCAAUGUCCAACCCAAUAUUUUCAUGGGUGUGAGUGCUUCAUGUGCUCAGUAUAAGAAAUGGUAUUACGAACUUCUUGUUGAGAAGAUUGAUCCCGUUUGUUCUUCUUCUGGACCCCACCUAAGGGUUGGUUGGGGAAAUACUGUUGGUUUCUCCCCCUACCCUGUUGGUGGUGACUAUUUUGGUGAAGCUGGAGUGGGUGAUGACAUAUACUCAUAUGGAUAUGAUGGAUUAAAUCUAUGGACAAGUCACAGAGCUUGUUCUGUUGGAUCUAAUAAUCGUCAUCUGUUAGCUGCCAAUGAUAUUGUUAGUUGUUGCAUGGACCUCAGUAUACCAAGUAUAUCAUUUCGUAUAAAUGGCCAACCAGUUCAAGGAAUGUUUGAAGACUUCAACUUAAAUGGAUUGUUUUUCCCUGUUGUCAGCUUUUCUGCAGGCAUCAAAGUCCGGUUUCUAUUUGGAGGACCACACGGUGAAUUUAAAUUCCUUCCCCCUGUUGGAUAUGCUCCUACAUAUGAAGCUUUGUUACCUGGAAGAAGAUUGUUUCUAUCCCCAUGCAAAUCAUAUGGGAAUCUAUCCAGGGGUUAUAUCAUGGGGCCAGGGUCAUCAUGGGAACACACUGUAUUUGUUCCAAAUGCGGUGAAUACUCAAAAUGUUAUUCUUUCACAUUUCUUGCAAGCGGUUGUUCCUAAGCUCGCUGAAAGUAUUCAUGAACUGUGGGCAAUGACACGUAUACAAGGGGGUUGGAGUUAUGGAACGGUGCGCGAUGAAGCAAAGAAACAAAAUCCCUGUUUGGUUGAAUUUGCUCGACUUCCAGCUCAAGAAAGAUCAUUUAAUUUAACGAUGUCGUAUGAAACCUUAAGGACAAUAAUUGCGCUUGGUUAUCAUGUUGGAAUCGCAGACGAAGAGGCGGAAUACAAUUUAAGGAAACUCAAACUACCACGAAGUUACAUAAUGGCAAGUGGCUACAAACCCUCACCUAUUGAUCUCUCCCAUAUAAAACUCACACAACAAAUGGAAGAUUUGGUGGAAAAACUUGCAAAUAACGCUCACAAUGUGUGGGCACGUGAGCGAGUUAAACAGGGGUGGACUUACGGUGUGAAUCUGGAUGUUGGGAAAAAACGGAACCCAAGACUUGUCCCGUUUUCCCUUCUUGAUGAAUUAGCAAAGCAGAGUAACAGAAAUUCUAUUCGAGAGUUGAUAAGAACACUGAUUGGGCAUGGCUACAUGAUUGAACCACCAGAUGAUAGAUUAAAAGACAAAGACACAAAAAAGAAAAAUCAGGUUCAAUGCAACAAAAUGAGAAUAUUUCGCGCAGAACGAACUCAUGCUGUCCAAUCAGACAAGUGGUACUUUGAGUUUACUGUUGAAUCAAAAGGAGAGAUCAGAGUUGGUUGGGCAACUCCUGAUUGUUUGGCUUCUACUGACCUGGGUGCUGAUGCAAAAGCAUUUGUAUUUGAUGGACAUAAUGCAUUAAAAUGGAAUAAUGGAGCUGAAAGUUUUGGUCGAAGAUGGAAUGCUGGAGAUGUGGUUGGUUGUCUGCUUGACUUCAAUGAAGGAGUCAUUUCGUUCACUUUGAAUGGUGAGUUACUCAUUGACGGACAUGGUCAGGAGACAGCAUUCGAAAAUUUAUCUUCAGAUAUAUCUCUGGUUCCUGUUGUUAGUUUAGCUGUUGACCAGAGAGGAUUUCUUAAUUUUGGCCGGGAUUCGGGAACUUUUAAGUUUUAUUCUUCCAUUGGCCAGCAAGAAGGGUUUCAACCGUUUGCUUUUGGUAUGAGAUCCCCAAUUGCAAUGUGGUUUACAAAGAACUUACCAAGCUUCUGCAAUAUUGAUGAAACUGAUCAAAAUAUUGAAGUUAAAAGACUUCCAGCAAACAACCACAGGCCACCCAGGUUGAAGGUGAUUCAUAAACAGAUUGGUGGAACUGGAUCACAUGACUUCACGCCUGAUUGGUUCUACACUCGAUUAAAUUUACCCAUUACUAUGGCAACUGUAUUUACGAAAAGUCCCGGACACAUCAUCAAUUUGUUCAAUGAAAGUGAAUCAGUUAUGGAAGAAGAUAUCGACAAUGAUUUUGAAGUUCUUCGUAAAACUGCCCGAGGUGGUUUGUCACCACCUUUACCUGCAGUCGACCUUAAGAAUGAGCGUCACCAUCAUCAUCAUCAUGGGAAUUCCAAUACACUACCGAUACCAGGUUUGAAAGUUUCCAAGUUUCAUUUUAGCAAACCUAAAUCUUCAAUGGUGCAAGGAAAUAAUGGGGUGAACAACACAGCCAAGUCACGACUAACAGAGGAAGUGUUACCAGAUCAAUAUGCUGAUGUUUUGUACAAGAAUGACAUUGACCAGUUGUUGCAGUCGACCCAGUAUUCAUUCUCUGUACGAAUAUUUCCCGAACAAGACCCAGGAAGCGUCUUUGUGGGUUGGGUGACGUCAGACUUUCAUUGGAAUGCAGAAAAAUUUCAACAGGAAUUUAUUCCAACUGUAACAAUUACAUUGGGUGAUGAUAAAGGAAAAGUUAGCGAGAGUGUUAAACGUUCCAAUUGUUUUGUCCUGUGGGGUGGUGACCUACAUCAGCAGACAAGUGCCACGCCCCCUCCCGCUAACCAAUCAUCUCCUGGGAUUUUGGUCACAUGUAUAAUAGACAUAUCAACAGGGUUGCUAACUUUUACAGCAAAUGGAAAAAAUCUGAAUACAUUUUAUCAGGUUGAACCUAACGUACGCCUCUACCCAGCUGUAUUCAGUUUUCCCACAACACAUUCAGUAUUCCAGUUUGAACUUGGAAGAUCUAAGAACUGCAUGCCAUUAUCAGCAGCGGUUCUUGAAUGUGAAAGAAAGAAUGUAAUCCCACAAUGUCCGCCACGUUUGGUGGUCCAAUCUUUACGUAAAGUAACAUGGACGAGGAUGCCAAGCAAACUUCCACAUCCUGAAUGUAGACGAGAGUCGGUUAGAUCAAAGGGUUGGACUUCGGAGUUGAAACCAUCUAAUACUGACGCUUAUAAUGCAGCAAUACUUCAUGUACCUGAAGAAAACCGAUGUAUAGAUCUUCUUGAACUUACUGAAAAUGAAGAACUCUUACAUUUUCAUGAACAAACUUUGAAACUUUACCGCUCAAUGUGUGCAUUGGGUAACCACAGAGUCUCCCAUGCUUUAUGCAGCUACGUGGAUCAGAAACAAUUGAUGCACGUUGUCCGCAACAAUGAUCUAAUCGGUUCAAUUCGUGCCACAUACCACAACUUACUCAUUGAAAUGCAUCUUGCCCCACAUGCCAAUGCUAGGAAAAACACCCAACAUGAAUAUAUGUUUCCAUUAAAUGAGAUGACGCGUUCUAUUGGAUUGUUUGCAAAUCCUGAAACAAAGGAUCCAACAUUACCUGGAGUUGGUUCAACUUCAUCAUUGCGACCCAGCAUGCAUUGGUCGCAAGUCAACUUUGUUAUGCAUCCAAGUUUAAUCCACGAGCGACCGUUACACGUGCCAGAGUUUCCAUUAGAUGAACUUUGUUACAAUGUUAUUCUUCAACUACAGGAUGCGGUUGUAUGUUGCUACAAAAACUGCAAAGAUAUAAUGGGGAAAAAUCAACAAUAUGUGCUUGUUCCUUUAAUCCGACUUACAACCACUUUGCUUGAAAUGGGAGUUUUUGUUGAUGAAGAUGUCAAGAAAAUUCUUAUUUUACUCGAUCCAAAUUUUUUUGGUUCAUUUAUGAAAGAUAUGGAUGGUGUGGAAGCACUAAUAAAAAAUGCUCACUCUGGAUUACUUUGCCUGGACUUGGUUGAAUCUGUGAAGUUGGUUUUAUGCGAUUUGCUCGAACAUUUGAUGAACCUUGUGUUGCGCCACCGUGUGGAAGCUCUCGUCUCUUUCUCGUGUCUCGUUGUUGACCACCUACAACAAAACCAAAGGAACAGAUACCAGCGUGUUAUGGAGUCUGUUAACAUGUCAGCGGCAAUGACGGCAAAAAUGACGCGCGAGUUUCGUUCGCCACCUAUGGAUCAGAUGGCAAUUUUACUUAAGUUUAAGAAUGAGGAAUUAGAAGAGGAAUGUCCACUACCACCAAGUAUCAAGGAUCUGAUAUGGAACUUCCACAUGGAUAUGUUGAUACAUUGUGGGGAAACUAUUGAAGAUGUGGAAACAAAUGAAACUGAGAUUCCACUAAGAAGUAGAUUGGUUGCUUUUAUUUCUCACAUCCUAAACCGGAAGAAUGAUAAAGCAGAUGAGACAGGAGAGGAACAAAUUGAAGUGAUAACUUCUUUACGAGAUUUAAUAACUUCCACUAUGGUUAGAUGGGCACAAGGUUCACGACUUAACAAUCCACAGUUGGUUCGUUCAAUAUUUCAACUUUUGUAUCGACAAUUUAAUGGAGUUGCUAUACAAUGCAUUAACAAGACGUAUUGCAUAAGUGAAAUAUCAGAGGUCGAUACCAUGGGGUUACUUGACUCACUUUCAAGAUUAAGAUCUCUAUUGUCAGUAAAACUCGGAGAAGAAGAAGAAACUUUAAUUAUAAAAGAACUAAACACAAUUAUGAACAACAAAGUGUUUUAUCAACACCCGAACCUUAUGCGGGUUCUGUGCAUGCACGAAACUGUGAUGGAAGUCAUGGUUAGUGUAUUGGGUGGUGAAGAUGAUGAAACGAAUUCUAAUGAAGUUCAAUUCCCACGUAUGGUGGCAGCUUGUUGUCGAUUCCUUUGUUACUUUUGUCGCAUCAGUCGGUUAAACCAAGGAGCUCUUUUUGAACAUCUUGGAUUCCUUCUGGAGCAUUCUGCAGUUGGACUUGCUUCACCUUCAAUGAGGGGAUCCACACCACUCGAUGUUGCUGCUGCAUCCGUUAUGGAUAACAACGAGCUAGCGUUGGCGCUGAAAGAAAGUGAUCUAGCAAAGAUCGUUGAACAGCUUGGUACAUGUGGUGUGGAAAGUUGUCAACUGUUGUUGAGGAAAGGAUAUCCUGAUAUCGGGUGGAAUCCUGUGGAAGGAGAGAGAUAUUUAGACUUCUUAAAAAAUGCUGUUUUCGUAAAUGGAGAAAGUGUUGAAGAGAAUGCAAAUCUUGUUGUUCGUCAGUUGAUUCGGCGUACGGAAUGUCUUGGUCCAAGUUUAAGAGGAGAAGGCGGACACGGACUUCUUUCUGCAAUUACAUCCGCUCUACAGAUAUGUAGAGACAGAAGUAAGGAUGGUCCAGACAACAAUGUCCUAAGAAAUGACUUUGAUGAUGAGAAUGAUAUCCAUAUGGGAUUUUCAAUUCUUGCAUUUUAUUCAACUCUGAUUGAUCUGCUUGGAAGAUGUGCACCAGAGCAAUGCUUGAUCAUGCAGGGCAAAAGUGAUGCCAUUCGUAUACGCAGCAUUUUAAGAAGCUUGGUUCCCCUGGAAGAUCUUAUUGGUGUCAUCAGUCUUCCAUUUGAACUGCCUCGAUUAGAAAGAGAUGGUUCCACCAAUGUUCGAGAACCUGAUCUAUCCGCUUGUUUCAUUCCUGAUCAUAAAGCAUCCAUGGUUUUAUUCCUUGAAAGAGUAUAUGGUGUAGACGACCCCAAGCUCAUGCUUCGAUUAUUAGAAGUUGGAAUGUUACCAGACAUGAAAGCUGCAGCUCAACUAGAUACACCUUUACUUCAUACCACUGACAUGGCAUUGUCACUCAAUCGUUACAUGUGCUACAGUCUUCUACCAAUGCUUGUAAAACACGUAGAACUAUUGGAACAAUGGCAACAUCGUGUUGUGUUGAUCGACCAAUUGCUGCAUACAAUUUAUCGAAUGUCCCAGGCUCAAGCACUUACUAAAGCUCAGAAAGAAAUGAUCAGUAACUGCCUUGUUGCAGUAGCAGGUGUCUUGCGUCCAUCUUUAUUACAAGGUCUGCUGAGAAAGUUAACAUUUGAUGUUCCUGCAUUAACUGAAGAAACUUACGUUCCAAUACGGUUAUUAACACAACAUUAUGCGAGAUGUUGGAAGUAUUACUACCUACAUGAUGGAUGUAGUGAGUUUGGCAGAGCUACUGAUGAAGAGAAACACAUAACUAUGGUCUUGUUUUGGGGAAUAUUUGAUUCACUUGCAAAAAAACCCUACCAACAAGAACUCUUCUCCAAAGUCCUCCCAUGUUUGUGUUCAAUUGCGAAUGCCCUACCUGCUGAUUAUGCUUUGUCUCCAGCACUUGAACAAUUGAAAGAACCUUCCAUAACUGCCCAUGGAAAGUUUGUACCUAGACCUGUGGACACCAAAUGUAUAAUGUUACCAGAAAAGUUGGAUACUUUUGUUAACAAGUAUUCUGAACAAUGGCAUGACACUUGGGCUUUGGAAAGAUUUACUGCAGGGUGGACAUAUGAUUCACAUUACAAUGAUCAUUUUAAACAUCAUCCAAUGUUGAAGCCUUAUCGUCUCUUGAAUGAUCGGGAAAAAGAUGUUUAUCGACCAACUGUUCGUGAAGGAAUUAAGACAUUGCUUGCGUGGGGGUGGACCAUUAGGAAAGCAAGAGACGCAACUGAACAGUUACCUGCUAAAGUCAGAUGUUCAUCUCAGUCAAACAUUUCCGCUUCUGAAGCUCAUGGUUACCUUCCUCGUCCUUAUGAUUUAAGUGGCGUAAUACUGAGUCGUGAAAUGAUGCGGACCGCCGAAAUGUUGGCGGAAAAUUUCCACUUGGUUUGGGCGAAAAAGAAGUUUAAUGAAAUGGAAGCAAAAAUGGCGGCAAAUUCUUCUCAACCGUCAUCCCCUACCAUGACUACAAACCCUAUGCUCGUCCCUUAUGAUCGACUGACAGCUAAAGAAAAAGAGAAAGAUAGAAGCAAAUCUUAUGAUCUGCUCAAGUUUUUCCAGUUCAACAGCUACAUGUUGACCAAAGAUGAAAAAGAGGAACUUGAUAUAAAGUCAUCGGUGGAGAAAAGAUUUUCUUCCAUGAUGUUGGUCAGACUUCUCAACUAUGUGGAAAAGAGUACAGUUUAUGUGAAUGGCAUGAUCCAAGCUGCAGAAACCGUGAAACAACGCCGACAAGAACACGCAGCGUUUGGUAAUUCACAACAUGAUGCUGCGUUACAACUCGAGUUGACAGGAGACCAUGAUAUUAAGUUCUUUGCAAAAGUUGGUAUGCCAUUUAUUGAAUCAUAUUUCAAAACACAAGAAAUAUAUUAUGUAACGGUAUCCGGAAGUCUUAAUGAAGGAAUGUCUGUUGCAUCAAACAAAGAAAAAGAAGCAGUUACUUUGUUGUUUUGCAAAAUGGCAUUGCUGAUACGACAAAGAACCGCUAUGUUUGGUGUUGAUGCAUCAGUUGCAAUAAACUGCAUCAAAGUUCUUGCAGAAUGUAUUGACGCAUCAACAAUCACCAAAUCAUGUCCAGAACAUAUCAAGCAAGCCUUGAUUACUUUCUUCAAUAAUGCUGCUGAAGAUUUAAAGAAGAUGCUUAACCAUAUUAGAAGUGGUCGAAUGAAACAUCUUCGUAAAAUGAUGCUUGGUGCUCAAACCACCAAUUAUGUCACGCACUGCAUUCUACCAGUUCUAACAAUUCUGUUUCGACAUUUGGGUCGCCAUAACUUUGGGAAGGAUUUGCUGCUGGAUGAAAUACAAGUGUCUUGCUACAAAAUUCUUAAUGGUUUGUACAGUCUUGGUACAGGCAAAGGAGCUUUUAUUGACCGCCACCGAUCACAAGUUGGAGAAUGCUUAGCUGCAUUUGCAAGUGCCUUUCCUGUCCCAUUUCUGGAACCUCGUCUCAACAAAUUCAAUUCUUGUUCAAUUUACAACAUUCUCAGCAUAAAAGAUCGAAAACUACUUGGCUUGCCACCAAAACUUGAACAGCUCACACCCCUCCUUCCAACAUUGAACAAUCUGCUUUCCGAUAUAAGUCACUUGGCUGAAUCGGGGGCAAAAUAUGAGGAAGCUCCAGAAAUGAUUGACAUCAUUCUUCCUAUGAUUUGCAGAUACCUUCCAAUGUGGUGGAAACAAGGUGCAUGUGUUGCCCAGCAAACUAAUGACAAGAGAAUUCCAAUUGAAGAAUCAUCUGGUUGUGGAACUGCAGUUUCAGGAGAAAUUUUAAACAACAUUCUCCGUGAUGUACUACGUCUCAUCCAAAAUAACCUUGGAUCUGAUGAAGCAGAUUGGAUGAAAAGGAUUGCAGUUUAUGCACAGCCAAUCUUGGUUCAAAGUGAUCCUGAUUUAUUGACGUCUCAUUUUCUUCCAAUUUUAAACAAAUCACUGAAAAGAAUCCAACAGAUCAGAGAUUUAGAAGAACAACUUGCUGGCCACAAAGGAUCAAUGAAUGACCUACUGAACAUAGUAAAGUAUGAGCAAAGAGUGAAUGAUGUUUCGGAUUUAGAACUUUUAAUGUUGGAAGAUUAUGGAAUAAUUGCUCGCGAUCUUUAUGCGUUCUACCCACUGCUGGUUCGGUAUAUUGAUCUUAGCAAAUCACUCUGGAUCCGAGAGAAAAAUCAAAAUGCUAUUGCACUUUUUAAGUUGUUGUCUGAGAUUCUUGUUAUUUGGGCAAAAUCUGUUAACUUCAGAAGAGAAGAACAAAACUUUGUAGUUCAACAUGAAAUAGAUAACAUGUCUGUACUAACAGCUGAUAAAAGUGCCACUCCAAACGCUGCUUCUGCAUUGGCAAACAGACGCAUCGUUAAAAAGCGUGGUGAUCGUUAUUCGCCAUCUACAUCACUCAUAGUUGCAUGCGUCAAGCGAAUGCUGCCUGUUGCACUGAACAUGGGAAAAGUUGGAGAUUGUAAUUUAUUACAAGAAGCUAAGACUCGAUUUCUAAAGAAAGAAAUGGAAGAUGAUGUGAAAGAAUAUUUAAUUUCUGCUCUAAGGGAAAAUGUAAAUGAAGAUUUAACAAAUGAACAUGGAGAUAUUACAACACGAGCUGAUUGGUUGUUAGAAAUAUCACGUGUACAAUAUCAUCUACACCUGACGGAGCAUCCACCAAAAUCUCGAAGAGCAGUUUGGAAGAAAUUGAUGUCAAAACAAAGAAAGAGGGCCGUAGUGUCAUGUUUUCGAAUGGUUCCUUUAUACAACCUUCCAAUACACAAAGUGAUAUCCAUGUUUGUUCCCUCCUAUUCUCAACACUGGGUUUAUACUGAUCAGUCAAACUUUGCUGGAAAGUUGAUAAAUUUGGUUCAUAAGCCAAACCAAGAAGAGGGAAAAACCUUGCACUGUGAUCCACUUAGUCAACUUAUUCAAGUAUUCAGUAUGUCAGCUGUCACCUCUGUUGUCGAGAAUGAUGAUUUAUACCUGGCAUAUUCUGAACUUAUGACACAAAGUUGUCACACUGGUGAUGAUGAAGAAGAGGAUGAGGGGGAAGAAAGUGAAAAAUCUUUCGAGGAGAAAGAAAAAGAAAAACAAAGACUUCUUUACGAACAAAAGCGUCUUGCAACCCGUGGAGUUGCUGAAAUGGUCUUAUACAUGAUCAGUGCAAGUGGUGGAGAUGUUUCCGACACCAUCGUUACGACACUUCAGUUGGGAAUUGCUUUACUGACUGGUGGAAAUGUUCUUGUGCAGAAGAUCAUGCUUGAUCAUUUAAAAGCGAAGAAAGAUGUUCGUUUCUUUACAAGUGUUGCUGGGUUAAUGGAUCAGUGCAGUGUAUUAGAUCUGAAUGCUUACGAAAGAAGUCUUAAAUCGGAAAGUUUGGGUCAUGUUAAUGAAUGUACUAUCACAGGUGAAAAAACUAUGAGUGAUGCGGAACUGACCUGCGCUUUAUUCCGAUUUCUUCAAUUGCUUUGUGAAGGUCACAAUGCAGAUUUUCAAAAUUAUCUUCGAACUCAAGUUGGAAACAACACCACAGUCAACAUUAUCAUAUCAACUGUGGAUUAUCUUUUGCGGUUGCAAGAAGCUAUCAGUGAUUUCUACUGGUAUUAUUCUGCAAAAGAAACCAUUGAUGCUCCAGGUCAAGAAAACUUCUCGAAAGCAAUCGCUGUUGCCAAGCAAGUUUUCAACACUCUUACUGAAUAUAUUCAGGGUCCAUGUGAAGGCAACCAGCAAGCAUUAGCACACAGCAGGUUAUGGGAUGCUGUGGUGGGAUUCUUACAUGUGUUUGCAAAUAUGCAAAUGAAAUUAUCACAAGAUUCAAAGCGACAAUUAUCCUUGUUGAAGGAAUUGCUUGAUUUGCAACAAGAUAUGAUUGUUAUGUUGUUGUCCAUGUUGGAAGGAAAUGUUGUUGAUGGAACAAUUGGUCGACAAUUAGUUGAUACGUUGAUUGAAUCUUCUCACAAUGUUGAAUUAAUUCUUCGUUUCUUCAACAUGUUUCUACGACUCAAAGACAUCACGUCAUCCGAUAAAUUUUUGGAAUAUGACGCAGAACACACUGGGUUUGUUUCAAGAAAAGAUUUCCAACGAGCAAUGGAAGCUUCGAAAAUAUAUUCAAGUGAAGAAAUCGAUUUCUUACUUGCUUGUGCUGUGUCAACUGAUGACAAGUUAAAUUACGAUGAAUUUACCGAACAAUUCCAUGAACCAGCAGCUGAUAUCGGCUUCAACAUGGCUGUGUUACUCACUAAUCUUGCUGAACACAUGCCAAGGGAUACAAGAUUAAAGAAAUUUCUUGAAAUGGCCGAAGCAAUGUUGGAAUAUUUUCAACCAAAUCUUGGAAGAAUUGAAAUUAUUGGAAGUGCAAAAAGAAUUGAAAGAGUUUAUUUCAACAUUAAACCUUCAAGUUUGGACCAAUGGCACAAACCUCAAGUGCAAGAAUCGAAACGUCAAUUUUUCUUUGAUGUGAUCAACGAUGAGGGAGAUAAUGGAAGAAUGGAAGAAUUUGUCAACUUUUGUGAAGACACAAUUUUUGAGAUGCAACUUGCUUCGGAGAUUAGUGAAGCGGGGUUCGGAGCUUCUUCAUCGUCUGCUGUUAACGAUGAGGAAGGUGAUGAUAAAGAUGAGGAGGACGCUGCUGCGUCAGGAGAAAUUUUACCCAGUUUUAAUUUCAAGGUUGUUAAAAGCUAUGUGCGACAGUUUCGUGCAAUGACCUGGAUUGAAGUAAUAACUUCCCUUGUUUUCUUAUUCUUCACAUUUAACAUCAAGCUCUGCAAGCUAAGCAUAGAACUAUUGCAAAUUUUUGGAAAUUUCUUGUAUGUUCUUUUCUUCUCAAACUUCCUUGUGGUGGAAGUGAAGAAAAAAAGUUUAACUGAAAUAAUCGAUGAAAUGCCGUGUCCUACGCAUGAAAGAAUACAACAUUCGGUUGAAAACCUCAGUGAUAGUGGAACUGACGAUACAGGGCAAGAUCAAACUAAAGGAGAUAAAGAAGAUUUCAUUUCCGAUGUUUUUGGAAUGGACAUAAAGAAAAGCAAAGAACUUAUAAAAGCAGUUGUACAUACGAAGCCAGAAGCUGGAUUUGGUGACUUCACUGUAGAUGAGGCAGCUGAUACGUUCAGUUUAAUCGCAUCAGAUUAUGAGAGUGGGAUUAACACACCUCGUACUUCAAAGAUCAAGAAAAGAAGAAAACUUCUUCGCAAAGGAAAACAAAUAGGGCAGACUGCAAGCACUACAAGCACAAUUUUAAGUUCGCUGGAAAAUUCGUCAACGAGUGAACAACGUUUAUCGAAUCUUAAAUCUGCGAUGUCGUUCGAUGAAAGAUCGGGUGAAGAUAAUAUAUCACCGUGGUAUACUUGUAUGAAGGAAUGUGGUCGACCAGCUCGAUAUAAACAUGAAGAGAAAACUGAAGAUAGGAACGCAAUGUACCUUGACACUUGGAAUGCAUUUUGUAUGGGAACUAUGGGUUUGUUUGCGCGCAAUUUUUACAAAUUCAAGAUUCUUGCCCUUGGUCUUACAUUCUGCAUCAACUUUAUCUUACUCUUCUAUAAGUGGCACAGCAUCAACAAUGAUCUUAAAGUGGAUUCGGAAUCAAGCGAAGAUGAAGUUGAAGAAUCUUUAAUAUUGGAAGAUACAUCAAAAUACAUGGAACCAACGUUACGAGCUUUUUCAAUUAUUCAUUUUAUUCUCAGUUUUUCAAUGCUGGUGUCGUAUUAUGGAUUGAAGGUUCCUCUUGUCAUUUUCAAACGAGAAAAAGAAGUUGCACGAAAAUUAGAAUUUGACGGACUUUAUGUAAAUGAAGAUCCAACUGACGAUGACUUGAGCGGAAGAUGGGACAAACUUGUUAUUUCUUGUCCAUCAUUCCCUUCCAAUUAUUGGGACAAAUUUAUCAAAAAAAAGGUUUUGGACAAAUUUGGUGAACAAUGUGGUCAAGAUAGAAUCCAAGAUUUACUUGGAAUGGAUCAUUCAAACACAAGUUUUCUGGAUGAAGAAGAACCACCUAAAGGAAACAUUUUAACACAGUUGUUCUUGAACGUGGAUAUCAAAUACACAGUAUGGAAGACUGGUGUUAUUUUCUCCGACCAAUCUUUCCUAUAUCUACUGUGGUAUUUCGUUAUGUCCAUAUUUGGUCAAUACAACAGGUUUUUCUUCUCCUUGCAUCUUCUUGAUAUCGCGAUGUGUUCGAAAGGUUUACGAACUAUUCUAACAUCGGUAACUCAUAAUGGAAAGCAGCUUGUGCUAACAAUUGGAUUGCUCACUGUGGUGGUUUACCUUUACACUGUCAUUGCUUUCAACUUCUUCAAGAAGUUUUACAACAAGGGGGAGGGAGAUGAUGAAGAUUGGAAAUGCAACAACAUGUUUACUUGCUUCCAGUUUCAUUUCUACUCUGGUGUGAGAGCAGGUGGUGGAAUUGGUGAUGAACUUGAAGAUCCAUCGGGAGACGCGUGGGAGUUUUAUCGAAUCGCAUUUGACAUCUCAUUUUUCUUCUUUGUUGUUGUAAUUCUUCUUGCCAUUAUUCAGGGUUUGAUUAUUGAUGCCUUUGGAGAACUUCGUGACCAGCAGGAGCAAGUUAAAGAAGACAUGGACACAAAGUGUUUCAUAUGUACAAUAGGAAUUGAUUAUUUUGAUCAAGUUCCACAUGGAUUUGAAACGCACACACUGCAGGAACACAAUUUAGCAAAUUACAUGUUCUUUCUCAUGCAUUUGAUCAACAAAGAUGAAACUGAGCAUACAGGACAAGAGACAUAUGUAUGGCAGCAGUAUCAAGAGCGCUGUUGGGAGUUUUUCCCAGUAGGAGAUUGUUUCCGAAAGCAAUAUGAAAAUGAAUUAAGUGGUUGAAUGGAUAAAUGAAGCAAGAUAUUUAAACUUUGUGCCUUUAACCAACUCAGGAUAUUGGACGCUUGGACGCAUGAUGAAACAAAGUUUUUGAGUGGCGAGAUAUUACAACACAUGUUGUGCAAUUUGUUGAUAAUUGGAUUAAAUCUACAAUCUAUUUAGAUAACAUAUGAAUCAGGAUACAUUAGGUCACUACUGUACACAAUAUAUAUAUAUUCAAUAUUUUUUUUCUGAAAGCGCAUGUAUAUAUGUCAUUUACAUUAAUAAAAAGGAGUUUUGCCCAAAA